CGACACGCCUGCUACGACUCUCCUUUGCCUCUCGAAUCCUGAUACUCCUCCUCCUCCGCUUUCUCUCCAUCCCAAAGUACAUACUUAAACACCUCUUGUAUUCCAGCUAGCUGUACGACCCUUCGCCACAGCUCUCACGAUGUCGUUUAUGGGUGGCGCCGAAUGCUCGACGGCCGGCAACCCGCUGAGCCAGUUCACAAAGCACGUCCAGGAUAACAAGUCGCUGCAACGAGACCGGCUGGUCGGGCGGGGGCCUGGUGGGCUGCAAGAGGGCAUGCGGAGUCAGGCCAUGGGCGGAGGUCAAGACAAUAUGAUGAACGAAUUCCUAAACCACCCGAGCCAGCUCCCCCAAGGCCCAAACCCCGCCUCCCCCUUCGCCAUGGAGCAGAUGCGGCGAGAACUCGAGCGUACAAGCCAGCGGACAGGCUCGCCGGCGUGGGCCGCAGAGUUCGAUCCCGGCGUCCAGGGACCUGCGGCUAUGGACCCGGGAAUGCAGGGCCCCAGGUCGGCGGGGUUCAAUCCGGCCGAGUUUGCAAAGUAUGAGCACAUGAAUGCGACCGCGCGAGCGGCGAGUCCGAGCAUGGCAUCCCAGGCGGGCAUGAUGGGCUACCAGAGACCUAUGUACGGUGGCGGGAUGGGCAUGGGCAUGGGCGGAAUGGGUAUGGGCAUGGGCGGGAUGGGCAUGAUGCAACAACCCUACCAACAGCCCAUCCAGGCCGAGGGCAAGGGCAAAGGACGAAUGGUGGAGCUCGACGACAAGGACUGGGAAGCGCAGUUUGCGCAGAUGGAGUCGACGGACACGAAGGACCUGGAUGCGGAGGCCAACGCGGCUAUGGAGGCGGAGCUGAACGAUAUGGACAGGCAACUUGCCGACGAGGAGAACUUCGUCGAUGGCAUGCACAUGGGCGAUCUCGACCAGUGGGAGGGCUUCGACGGCCUGAAUACACACAGUGCGAUGCGGGAUCCGCAACUGGGCGAGUACCUAUUCGAGAACGAAAACCUGUUCAAAGACGUGUCGAACCCGUUCCAAGAGGGUGUCCGGAUAAUGGACGAAGGCGGCAACCUCUCGCUCGCCGCCCUCGCCUUCGAAGCCGCCGUCCAAAAGGAUCCUCAACACGUCGAAGCCUGGACGAAGCUCGGCGCCGCACAAGCCCAGAACGAAAAGGAGCAACCCGCCAUCCGCGCUCUCGAGCAAGCCCUCCAGCUCGACCCCUCCAACCUCGAAGCUCUCAUGGGCCUCGCCGUCUCCUACACCAACGAAGGUUACGACAGCACCGCUUACCGCACCCUCGAGCGCUGGCUCGCAACCAAGUACCCCUCCCUCAUCAAAGAACCCCUCUCCUCCGGCGCGGACAUCGGCUUCACAGACCGCCAGAUGCUGCACGAAAAAGUCACCAACCUCUUCAUCGAAGCCGCCCAGCUCUCGCCCUCGGGGGAGCAGAUGGACCCCGACGUCCAAGUCGGCCUGGGCGUCCUCUUCUAUGGCGCUGAGGAGUACGAGAAAGCCGUCGACUGCUUCGGCGCGGCCCUCGCAUCCACAGAGUCCGGCACAACGAACCAGCAAAACCAACUCCACCUCCUGUGGAACCGCCUCGGCGCGACCCUCGCCAACUCCGGCCGCAGCGAGGAGGCCAUCGACGCGUACGAGCGCGCCCUCGCGCUGCGCCCGAAUUUCGUGCGAGCGAGGUAUAACCUCGGCGUCUCGUGCAUCAACAUCGGCUGCUUCGCCGAGGCGGCGCAGCAUCUCCUCGGCGCGCUUGCGAUGCACAAGGUCGUGGAGAAGGAAGGCCGCGAGCGCGCGCGGGAGGUGGUGGGCGAUGCGGUCAAUGAGGUGGAGCUGGAUCGCAUGAUCAGCCAGAACCAGAGCACGAACCUGUUUGAUACGCUGCGGCGGGUGUUUAGCCAGAUGCAGCGGCGGGAUUUGGGGGAUUUGGUCGGGCCGGGGAUGGAUGUGGAGAGGUUUCGGUCUGAGUUUGAGUUUUGAACGCGGGGCGGGUGAGGAGGUGCUGGGGAAUGGGGAUGUGCCAUUUGGGAAGAUGGGGCUAGAGUUGGAGAAGGCGAGGGUGUAUGCUAAGGAGGAAGAGGAGUUGGGCGACUCCUGCCUCUGGGGCUGGCGAAGCCUAGAUGACCGCCGUAACUGUGCUUGGAACCUUCACGGUGGCAGCGACGUAUAGGAUGAAUGUACAGCGGAAAAGGGACGGCGUUUGCAUUGCUGGUGUUCUGGGUGCUGGGUGUAAGUAUUGGGAGAGACCCCCCCCCGUGUAGAUACGGGGCGGAUGUAGGAAAGCUGAGCAGAUAUUGGCUGUAGAAAGCUAUGAGAUAUGACCAGAGGAUGGGGCUCAGAUGAGCUUGCGGGAGG